UCAGUCGCCAACAUUUCAAGUGUCUAAAUCACUGUCUAGGCAGACAGACAAGAGUCAAUGCGAUCGACGGCCCGUCCAUCCAUCUACACAGCCGGCCGAACACUCCCACACCCACACACGCACUAUGACUCGACUCACUCACUCCGGGGCGAGGGACGUGCCAUCCACCUCCUGCACACACAACAACCAUUAUGACACACACACACGGACAUCCUUUGUGUGGUCGAGACCCCCGCUCCGCUCCUCAUGCACCACACACCUGUUCGUCCGUCACGAAUGUGUCAUCGCCCCCACCAGAUGGACUCGGAACUGAGAGAACGAUACAGACAGAUGUGUGGAGACAUGGUCGUCUGUGCAUAAGGGAAUGUAUGCAUCUUAUCAAGAUUGCCUGGCGGCAAAGAUGGGGGUGGAGGUGGGGGCGCGUUGGUAUCAACGGGAGGACUCAGACUCGGAGCCGGAGGAGGGCUGGGGGGCUCGCUCACUGCCUCAGCGGGGGCCGGCGCUGCACACACAGUAAGGAAGGAAAUAAGGGCAUUGCGGUCAGGCAGGCAAAUUUGGCCUCUUCGCCUCUCUCCUUGGCUACGUGUCUGCUGCUCUUCCUCCCUCGGUGGCUCGGAAGGCGAUGGAGGCUCGCUGACAGCCUCGGUCUCAGUGGGCGGCUCAGCUGCAUUGCAAGAAUGAAUGGACAAACGAAUGCAAUAUACAGUCAUUCCUUCAAGUCUGGAUCGUGUCAACCUUACUCGCUGCCUCGGUGAUGGGCUCGGGAGUCGUCACUGGCUCAGCGGGCUCCUUCGUAGGACGAGGUGGAGGGUGUCUCGUUGGUGGCUCGGUCGGAGGCUCGGCUGCAUCCCAUCCCAUCCACACCAACACCAUUAAUUACACUCACAGCCGUGCUUUUUCUUGCUUGCUUACUUGGCUCUUGUUCCACAGCCGGUGGAGCGGGUUUCUGUGUGAUAGAGGGCAGCGGGGUGGUGGGUGGCACUGUGGGAGGGGGUGGGGGAGGGGGUGGCUGGCUGUGUGCCGCAGGGGGAGGGGAAGGGGGCUCGUGGGUCGUGACGAGUGGCGGAUGGUGCUGCGGACCGUAGUGGGAGGGAUGGUCAUGGUCAUGGUGGUGGUGGUGGGUGCUCGUGUCCCUCGCCGUCGAAGGCUCCGUCCAUUUGCUUGAGGCUGCAGAGCUCAUACAGCUGGCCCUCGAAGUGGUGGGCGCACCUACAGGCACGCAUCGCAUCCACACAUCACAUCGAUGUCCCUUUCUCUCUGCGUGUGCGCUCACUUGGCUGGUACCUGAGACACGUUGCGUUGAUGGACUCCUCCCUGACGGCCGUCAGGUUGGGACUCUGGUCGUACAGACACGCGGCAAAGUCGCCCACACUCUUGUCAAAGCCCUCCUCAACCGCCUGCAUUCCCAACACAAGAAGGAUGAACAAACCCGACAGCCGGAAGCCGUUCUGCCGUUCUGACCAGCUGGCAUUCGUCCACAGAGGUGGUCUUCUUGACGGCGUCGAUGCAUGAGGGCAGCAUGCCGCCAUCGGUGACGGCCUCGCACGUCGUGAGGGCGUCGUGGUGGAGGAAGGCGCAGUGCUGACACUCUGGAGGCAUCGACAGCUCUGGGGGGUGCUCGUCUGAUACAUGUAUGUGUGUGUGCGUAAUUCUGUUGUGUGUAGGCUCAUUGUUUUGUUCUCUUCUUACAGAAGAUGCACUCGCUGACGAGAUGGCCCAUGAAGCCGAAACAGAACUCGUCAAGCGUUAAGACACCAUCACCGUCUCCAUCUGACCGCCGAGACACCGAGACACGGACACAAAGUGAUUUGUGUGCGUUUGUCGGGUUGUGCCUUUGCCCCGACCAGACCAGGCCAGACCUUGGUUGGCAAGAUACAUCCACGCGGCCGCCUGCAAUGGGAUACGAGACUGACUAUUCAGCUGGUGGGUUGUGUCCAUGGAGGUUGGUCCAUCCAUCCAUCCAUCCAUGCAUCCCUCCCUCUUACGGGUUCCAUGGCGGCAUCGGGCGGCAGCCACUGGUGCAGCUUGCACUCCUGGUCCAGCACACGCAGCCGCUCUACAGCCGUAUCCACACUAAGCAUGCCAUCGGUGACACAGUGAAAGUCAUGACGGACGCGAUUUGAUUUGUUUGCAAGGCAAUGUGUCUCUCUCUCACCUCAGUCCGCCAACAAGCGGCAGCUCCUCCCACCAGUGCGUGCCCUUCUCGUAGCACAUGUGCAGCGCGUCUCGUUCAUCGAUGCCGCAUAUGUCCAUCCGGUGGGCGAGCCCAGCCGAGAGGUGUUGCAAGACGGGCUCCUCGUCGAACAUGGCACAGAUCUGUUCGUGGUUGAGGCCGUCGCCCUCGGGGUCGUGGCCGCUGAGGUAGCUCGCCGCCUCCUCGGGGGAGGGGCACUCGGCUCCGUCAGCUCCUGCAACAAAGAUGGGUCGGGGGCUGGCCGCGUCUAUGUACCCUUACCUGUGUCGACGAAUUUGGUGCAGAGUUCUUGGCGCAUGUGUUCAAACUCGUUGGCGUCCAUGAAGCCGUCCACGUUGAUGUCCGCGGCGUCAAACACCAUCGAGCAGAUGUCCAUCACACCUGAUAUUCAUGAAAACAGAGAGGAAGAGCCACCGUCAGUCAGAACUCUGGGCCUCUCUCCUCCCUCACUCACUCACCGGUGGGCUCCUGAUGAUGCACGGCAUCGUGGUGGUGGUGGUGAUGCGGCCCCUCGUGGUGCACCAGAUCCUGCUCAUGGCCUUCGUGCAGGUGCUGGCACGGACACACAGGACAUUCGCACUCGUGGGGAUGCCGCUCCGGCUGGUAAUAAUCAGACGUGUCGGGCGGUGUCAGCCGCUGCCGGCCAACCCCUUCCGCCCUCCCCCUCCCCCCUCGCCUCAGAACAAGGCUUCGCGAAUGUCCUUGACCGAUUCCUCUCAAUCUGGUGCUGUGGGAGGCCUUCCGAGAUGGCCGAGUGAGGGGCUGCCGGGUGUUGUUUGUGACGGCGGCGGCCUUGGAGUACAGCUGACGAGCCCGGGCCUUGGCCAGCUCCGCGAAGAAGGUGUCGGCGUGCUUCUGGCACAUCUGACGGCAGUCGGCUGGGUCUCUUCUCUCCUGACACGCCUCGUUGCAGGCCUUUGCAGUGACGCACGUGGUCAGGCACAAGAUGUCCGUCCCACAAGACGCUGCGAUCAAAAGACAGAACAGAAACACAUCAGAUCUUUCACCAGAUUUGCAGGCAGAUCGAUGCAAUGCGUGUUCGGCGUACCGUCACAGUGCAGGCCCUGCCAGUUGAUGGUGAACAGCCUUUGACGUCCUCCUUUGCCGCGUGUGAGAACCGCCGGCGCCAUGCCGUUGCGGUGAGCCGUCGACGUCCAUUGCCGAUGGACGGAUGCGAAGCGAUUCCUCGCUGCCUUGCGAGAGAAGAGGGCGCCUUGUGCAAAGAUCAAGGGCAGAAAGAGGAUGCCCAACGCGGGCGCUGACGUCGGCAU